GGUGCUUGUUAGCUGUCCUUCUAUCAUGGCUGAUAAAACCGUAACCGAUGCUAUUAUCCCUAAAAAGCCUGAGAGGAUGGAAGAGACUGCUGCACAGUCAACCUCAACAGAAAAGUCUGAAGAAGUUGAUGUGGAUGCUGAAGCCAAACAACUACUUGGUGCAGGACACAGGCAUCUGGUUAUGAAAGACAUCCGUGCUGCUGUAAAUGCAUUCCAAGAGGCAAGCGGCCUUCUAGCAAAGAAACAUGGGGAGACAGCUGAUGAGUGUGCGGAAGCAUUUUUUGCUUAUGGAAUUAGUCUUCUUGAAUUAGCGAAAAUGGAGAAUGUUGUACUUGGUAAUGCCCUAGAAGGAAUGCCAGAAGAGGAGGAAGAGGGUGAGAAGGAAGAUCCCAAUAUUCCAAGUGCAGAUAAUCUUGAUGAGAAAGAAAGGGAGCAGUUGAGAGAGCAGGUUUACGAUGCAAUGGCUGAAGAUGAAGCAAAACCAACCAAUGGACAUGCUGAAGCUGAAAGCAAACCAAAGGAAGAUGUUGACAUGGAGACAAAGGAAAGCAAUGGUGAUGUACCAGAAAGUGAGGAAAAAGAUGCAGAAAUGGAGGAAGAUAAACCUGAAGAUUCAAAGACUGAAAGCAAUAAACCGGAGUUGUCAAAGACCAAAAACCAACCUGAGUCAUCAAAGGAUGAAAGCAAACUUGAAAAAUCAAAAGAUGAAAGCAAACCCGAAGCAACUAAGACUGAAAGCAAACCUGAGGCAUCAAAGGAUGUAAGCCAACUUGAAGAAUCAAAAGAUGAAAGCAAACCUGAGGCAUCAAAGGACGAAAGCAAACCUGAAGAAUCAAAGAAUGACAGCAAACCUGAGGCAGCUAAGGCUGAAAGCAUUAAACCUGAAGACUCAAAGACUGAAAGCAAACCUGAGUCAACUAAGACUGAAAGCAAUAAACCUGAAGAAUCUGCAGAAGCAGGUAAGCCAGUGAAGACAAAGACUGAUGAAAAAGCUGACAAACUUGAGAGUGAAAAGCAGGAAACAGAAGCAGUAGAGCAAGGUGAAGAAAAAACUAAAGAGGUGGAUGCAAAAGUAGUUGUGGAUUCUUCUGAGGCAAAGGAAGAAAAUUCAGUCAAAGAAUCUGAAACCAAGGAUGGUGACUCUGAAGCUGCUUCAAAAGACCUAGAGCCUAGUAAAAGUGAGAAGCAAGCUGAGGAAAAGACAAAUGAAGACCAAGAACAGAUGGAUGCUGAAGAAGAGGAGGGCUCUGAAGAAGAGGCUGAAGGAUCUGAAGAAAAAGAAAAUGAAGAGGAUGAUGUUGGAAAUCUGCAGCUUGCUUGGGAAAUGUUGGACUUAUCAAAAAGUAUUUUUCAAAGACAGAAGACCAAAGAAGCUCAGUUAAAAGCUGCUCAGGCACACCUAAAACUAGGUGAAGUCAGCGUUGAGUCAGAAAACUAUUCCCAAGCAGUGGACGAUUUUCUUGCAUGUCUAAACAUCCAGAAAGAACACUUUGAAGAACAUGACAGACUUCUUGCAGAGACCCAUUACCAGCUUGGUUUGGCCUACCAAUACAGUAGCAAGCAUGAAGAGGCAAUUUCUCACUUUAACCAGUCUGUGGAGGUGAUCGAAAAGAGGAUGGCUGUACUAACAGAGCAGAAAAAUAAAGCUGGGGAAGAACCUACUGCAGACAUCCAAAAGGAAAUGGAUGAACUGAAAGGCUUGCUCCCUGAUAUUAAGGAGAAAAUUGAAGAUUCAAAAGAAGCGCAGAAAACUGCAAAGACAACAGAAAUAGCACUUAAAGAAACUCUGGCUGGAUCAUCUGGAUUUUCACAAGAAAAUGGAAGCACUUCUUCUGCUAUCUCUGUGGAAAAGGAGAACACUGUACCUGCAACCAACUGUGUAUCAGAUAUUUCCCAUCUGGUCAGGAAAAAGAGGAAACCAGAAGAGGAGAGUCCCCUAAAAGACAGCGAAGCUAAGAAACCAAAACCAGAACUGGUUGAAAAUGGAGCAGGCAGUGGAGAUGCUGUAGUACCUACUAAUGAAGAAGCAGAGAAAGCUGAAGAGGCAGAUAAGCAGACGCCCAUGGAGACUGGAGCUGUGGAGAGUACUGCGUGAUGAAUGGACAGAAUAUUUUUGUAUAUAAGUUUUUCCACUUUGGUUCAGAACGUCUUUUGUAAAGUUAAUAAAGGUUAAUUAAAGCUGUAAAAAA